AUGGUAGAUCCAGCUAUCCGGGCCCUCUUUGGGCCUCCGCCAUCCGACAUCAACCUCGCGGCCAGCAAUGUGUCGGUCAACAAUGGCGCCGUCAUUGCCAUGGCCUGUGUUGCCGUCGUGGCGUUGAUUCUGCGCUUCACAGCUCGAGUGCUCCUCCGGAACGCCCUGCUGGCGGAUGAUUGGGCCAUCAUUGCAGCGCUACUCUGCAUCGGUGGUACGACAGGGCUGAGUGUGGCAGGGGGCACUGUGGGUGCUGGAAGGCAUGUUUGGGCUGUGACGUUGGAGGAAUUGGUGCAUCUAUACAAGCUUCUCUUUGCGUAUACCUUCCUGUAUGCCUCGGCCGGCACCUGUACCCGUCUGUCCAUCCUGUUCUUCUAUCGCCGCAUCUUCUCCCCGCUGGAACUCUCCUUGCGCGUGGCUCUGAUCUGCGGCGGAUUCCUGACGCUCGGCUAUCCGAUCAUUGUCUGGGUGACAAUGAGCACUUCCUGCCGCCCGCUGAGUUUCUUCUGGACGCAAUUCAGCGGGACCCAGGGCGAAUGCAUCGACAUCAAUACCUUCUUCCUGGCGGCGGGGAUCCUGAACAUGCUCAACGACUUUGUCCUUCUCGUCAUCCCGUUCCCACGCAUCGUCCGGCUGCACAUGACCGUUCAGAAAAAGGUGGCCAUCUGUGCCAUUAUGGCGGUGGGAAUCUUCGUCUGUGUCGCGAGUAUCGUGCGAAUCCACUAUCUCUCCGUCUUCAUGCACGCCCUCGAUGUGACCUGGCUGAUGGGCCCCGUCUUCAUCUGGUCUACCAUCGAGCCCGCAGUGGCGAUUGUCUGUGCCUGUCUGCCUCAUCUCGCACCACUCGCCCAACUCGCCCAUCGAUCCAUCCUCGGAAGCCUUCAUUCGGAAACCCACACUGGACCGCCGAGUAGACAGAGUAGACAAAGGCCGCUGAAAAGGAAUGCCGACGACGAGGUCGGCCUGACAACCUAUCCGAAUCGGUCUCGGAGCACACUCAGGAACACUCAGAGCCGUACAACAUAG